GUAUGAGGAAAGGGUUAAGGCCGCCCUUCGCCCUCUGCAGUCGUGAGCACUUGGAGGGGUGAAAGUGAAAGUGACGGAAAAGUGUAACUGAAAUGUUAGUAGAAAAGAGGAAAGACAAAACGUCAGAUUCCUUCUAAGAUGGAUGUCACACGGGCGCUCCUCUGCCUCCUGCUUCUGCGUCACUCAGUGUCCUCACUUCAGCUGACUGGGCCAUCCGUACAUGCAGCCAGGCUGGGAUCUGACGCUCUGGUUCCUUGCUCGUUCACAGUGGAUAAACCUCCUGUAGAUCCCAAUCAUCUAACAAUCUACUGGAGGUUUUUCGAUAAGGAAAUCCUGAGCUACAAUAAAACUGUGAGGACGACGUCUUCUAGAUAUGCCCUGAGCACAGAAGCAUUGAUGGCCGGGAAUGCCAAUCUGACUAUUUCUAAUAUACAAAUACCCGAUGGGGGAAUGUACAAGUGCUCAGUGAUGUACGGCUCAGAGAAGAAGGAGAAGGAGCUCCGGCUGGACAUUGGAGCUCCUCCGCAGGUGACAAUCACAGGUAAAACAGUUGUACUGAAGGAGAAGAGCGUCCUGCGCUGCUCCGCCGCUGGAUUCUACCCCGUGGACCUUGAUAUUAAAUGGUUCAGGGGCUCGGAGAUGCUGAGGGAUGUCACUACAGAUGAGCCCUGGAGGAACCCAGACAGGACGUACAAUGUGAACAGCACCGUAACUAUAAUACCUACUGAGGAGGACAUGGAGCGGAUCUUCUCAUGUAGAGUCCGACAUGAAGCUCUACACAAGCCUCUUCAGGAAGACUUCCGCCUGGUGUAUGAAGACACAAGCUCGGCUGGGAUCAUUGCUGCCUGUUCUGUUAUUGGGAUUAUUCUGAUAUUUGUCAUCGCUGGUGUUCUGUACUGGAAACUAAAACUGAGGAGGAAAGAUAAUGGACCGUUCAUAGUAAGAGACAUCGAGGGUCCUCCUAAGCUGAUUGAUGGAGAGGAGGCCACCCUGUACUACACAGUGGACAACUGCCCCGAGAACCUGUGUGUGACCUGGCUGAUGAGAAGAGCUGGACAGGUCCAGGAGAUCCAGACGUCUCAGAUGAGAGGACAUUCAGAAGAAGAAGAGGAGAGCUUACUGGAUGCAUCCUAUGUGAUCAGAUCACAACGAGAGGGACAUCAGUCCUUAUCAUCACUGAGCUUCAUACCCCAUAUGGAAAGACACAAAGAUGUCACCUUCAUCUGUAGAGGAGUCUACAAGAAGCGAAAUGAUGAGAAGAGGUUUCACUGUAAGACCAUUCAUGUGAAGCCCAAGCUGUCACAGCCAAUAAUGAGAAGUCUAAUGGACUCUGGAGAGAUGAAGUAUUUGCUCAACUUGGAGAAAUUUUAUCCUAAAACCAUCAAGAUUAUAUGGACAUGUGGAGUGGGAGAACUAGAAGAAGUCCUGUCAUCCACUGAAUCAGUGUCAGAUAAUCCUGACGGAACCUACAGCGUCUCCAGUGAGGUCAGAAUUCCUCAGGAACGUCACAAGGAUCCAGGAUUCAGAGUCCGAAUGACCUGGGACCAUGAAUCAUUGGGAGAAGGAGAAUCCAGGGAGCUCUCUAUCCGAGACUCAGAUUACAGAUGGACGCCAGUUGUAGAAGAGAUCCAGAUUCCCCGUCUACGUCAUGACACCCCGGCCACCCUGCAGUGUAAUAUCUCUGAGUAUUUCCCGGAGGCAGUCACUGUGAGAUGGAGCAGACGUGCCGGAUAUAAGAUGUAUGAAGAGACGGAGAACCAGAGGAUAUCAUCCAGGAGAGCGGCCGAUAACACCUAUAACUGUACCUCCAGUCUGACCAUCUCCCCCACACUGGAGACACAUCAGGGGGCAGAAUAUAUAUGUCUGGUGGAGCAUCCCACCCUGGAGACACCCAUAGAGAAAACCACUGGGAGGCUACAAGUCACUGCUGAACCCCAGAUGCUGGAUCCUGUACAGAUCUCUAUGGCAGAUUCAUCUCGUGUUCAGUUCUCUCUGAAUCUACAGAAGUUUUACCCGAAAGAUAUCAAAAUCUCCUGGCACUGGGAAAAUACGACUCGCAAAUAUGAUUUAUCACCGAAGCAAACCGUCAGAUCACAGAGAGAUCUCACAUAUGACGUCACCAGCGUUGUCUGGAUUUCUAAUAAUUCAUUCAAUGAUCCGGAGAUGAAAAUCAUUGUAGUGUGGAAACACGAGGCUCUGGAGACGGCAGAGACAAGAUCACUGAGUAUCAGAGAUCUGCCUUGGACUCCACAUGUUGGAUCUAUCCGUGGACCUGAGCUGGAAGAUGGUAAAUCAGCCACACUGAUCUGUGAUAUAUCCGGAUAUUUCCCGGAUCUUCUAUCUGUUAGCUGGUUCAUGAAGAGGGAUGGAAACCUGACGGCUCUGCCCAGAGAAUCAAUAAAGACGGAUAAAAAUUACAAGAUCUCACAGAAGAAGAAGACACAGAAAGAUAAAACUUACUUCUAUGAAGCUUCACUGACUUUUACCCCAUUAAUAAGUUCAGACGAAGGAUCAGAAAUCCUCUGCAGAGUGGAGCAUCCCAGCCUGGAGACCCCCAUAGAGACCAGCACCCGACCACUACACAUAGGUGUGAAAAAGAAAGGCAGUGGUGGCUUAUUUUCUCAAGACAAGAAAAAGACGAAAGGAUUGAACAGCUCUAAGACCAAUGACGAUGAGAUCGAGACAGCAGAAGAAGCCAAAGAAGAAGACAAGACCACUGAGGCCAGAGGAGCAAAAGUUCAAGAAGAAACAAAAAACUUCACUCCUGAGGAAGACAAUGGAAGUUAAUGUCCAUUAUCGCCAGAUCAGAGGUUAUAUACAGAAUACAGUGGAUGUCUAGGUGUGGUGUAUUACUGCCCACAGUUACCAGUCUAACACCAUCAGCACCCAGUAUAAUAAUACAUGCAUAUUCAUCCAGUAACCUCCGUCAUCAGUUCUGGGCGUGAGAAGUAACUGCGUUCAGAUGAGCUCACAGUGAGCGGCUAUGGCCGGCCUGCGUCUGACUCCACUGUCUAAUAAACCUCAUACAAACCAUUACCACCAGGUCCAUCACGUUGACUUUUGGCCCCAGGCUGUUCCUACCUAGAGCUUCUCAAUGUGCUUUACGUGCAUUGGAGAAAACCUAUGUGCAGGACCAUGAUUGGUGGCAAGGUCCAGACAGUUUUAGCGGAGUGGUUAUGUCCUGCGUGAUGAGAGGGAUCAGGAAGUAGAGACCGGUGGGGACCAGGAAAUAUCAGGGCAUCAGGCAGUGGGAGUCUGAUGCAAUUUAUUAUAUUACACCAAUCUGAGCCUGUAUUAAGUCUUUCAUCGUCUGGACAAGCCCUUUAUUAUUACACCGCUAUGUAUGAAGAAUAUCUAUUAUCACCUAUAGAAAUCAUCUUAUAACAAAUAUGUCAUAGUCCAAUUCAAUGUCAAUUUCUUCCAUCAUUGACAAAGUUCCUGGUAAAUUUCACCAAAUUCUUUCUACGACUGUUUACAGUGAAAUGUUCUUGAACGUCAUCAGAAAGAGUUACUGUACGACCGUCCAUAGAUGUAAUGACUGGCGGGCUGUCGCGUAGUAUAACUGAGCCAUCUACAAUAUCUGAAUGACAAGUCCAUUUAGGAGACUCCAGGUGGACUCCUUAGUAUUAGACUGCCCACAUGAGAAAUCUAUCCUCGUCGUUGACGCCAUUGACAGUUAUUGCAUUUAUUAGUGUUGAGCACGAAUAGCGAAUAUUAAUCGUGAAUAUCGCAACUUCGCUAAUUCGCAAAUAUUUCGAAUAUAGUGCUAUAUAUUUUUGCUAUAUCGAAUAUUCAU